AUGCCUCUCAUCAUCGUGUUUCUAAUCCUCAUUAUCAUUGGUUUUUGCGGGCCAGACCGCACCCGGGAUGAUUCUUUUCGGAGUCAUAAUGCAUGUCAUGUUGAUCUUGAAGCAGGUCGACCGCAGGCCUCAACCGUCUUCACGUAUACUGGUACUACUGGAACUGACUGUGCAAUUUGCUUGGAAGAUGUUAUGGAGGGGCAGAAAUGUCGGUUGUUUGCUAGUUGUAAGCAUUCGUAUCACAAGUUCUGCAUUGAUCACUGGCUAGCCAAAAGGAAAACUAACUGUCCCCUUUGCCGUGCUCCUGUUCAAAAUAUAUCUUAG